UAUUGCAUCAUUUACAGAGAAAUGAAACUUAACAUUGCGGUUAUGCACACACCACAACAACUGGUAAACACAGUUCACUUUGUCGGCUGGUGUACAAGGAGAGGCAGCAGAGCUGAGCAUCUGAAGAGAAAUGGCCUCAGCCAGUAGUUUCCUGUCAGAAGAUCAGUUCCUGUGCUCCAUCUGUUUGGAAGUCUUCACCGAGCCUGUGUCUAUUCCAUGUGGACACAACUUCUGCAAGGCCUGCAUCACUAAGAACUGGGAAGGCAAAAACCAGUGUCAGUGUCCACUGUGCAACGAGAAGUUCAACAAAGGGCUCAAACUCCGUGUCAACACCGGAUUCAGGGAGGUUGUGGAGAAUUUCAAGAAACUUCGCUUCAUAUCUAAAAAUGAUGUCCCAGCCAAACCGGGACAGGUGCCAUGUGACUGCUGCACUGGCAACAAGUUCAAGGCCUUUAAAACUUGUCUGGUGUGUUUGGCUUCGUAUUGUGAAACUCACCUGGAGCCUCAUCUAAGAGUUGCUGCCCUAAAGCGACACAAACUGACUGAGCCUGUGCACAACCUGGAGAACAAUGUAUGUAAGAACCACAACAGGAUUUUAGAGCUCUUCUGCAGGAAUGACCUGACUCGUGUUUGUGUCCUGUGCACAGAACACAGGGCUCAUGAUACAGUCCCUCUACAGGAGGAGUAUGAAGAGAAGAAGUUUCAGUUGGAGCAGAAAAAGGUGGAAGUACAGGAGAUGAUACAAGAGCGACAAAAGAAGAUUCAGACGAUAAAAGAAGUGGCCGACACCAAGGGGGAAGACAAAAAUGAAGCAAUAGCAAAUAGUCUCCAGGUCUUCAGUACUUUGGUAAACUCUAUUCAAAGACACCUGAGUGGGCUGGUGAGUGUGAUUGAAGAGAAGCAUAGAGCAGCAGAGAGACAGGCUGAGGUGCUGGUCAAAGAGCUGGAGAGGGAAAACGGUGAGCUCCAGAAGAGAAUCACUAAACUGGAGCACAUCUCACAGACUAAAGACCAUCUCCAGUUCAUCAAGAGCUUUGUGUCCUUCUCCUCUUCCCCUCCACCCACCAAGAACUGGUCUGACAUCAGCAUCAGUGGUCAGCAGUAUGUGGAUGAGGUGAAGAGAGCUAUGGUGAAGCUGGAGGAGGCGCUCACCAAAGAGCUGGAGCGAGCCAGUCGAGAAUUCAGGGUGUGCUGUAGUCAAGUCCUUGUUGAAGAAACUGACGCAGUGAAAAAAACACACACAAUCACAGAUCUAGAGACGCUUCCUGAAGGCAUCAAGCUGGACGUCAUUCGGCAGCAGUAUACCGUGGACGUGACAUUUGACCCAUGCAGCGCAAACGAGCUGCUCUUGCUUUCAGAGGAUUCAAAACAAGUGCGAACAGCUCACAUUUGGUGGCCAAAUGGAAUCCCGCAGAAAUUCAACAGAUAUGCCUACAUUCUGGGAAAAAAGGGCUUCUCUGAAGGGAGAUUCUACUAUGAGGUUCAGGUCGCAAUGAAGACAGGCUGGGAUUUAGGAGUAGUCAGAGAGUCGAUCCAUGGGAAGAGGACAUUCACACAAAACCCCAGGAAUGGAGCCUGGAUCAUUAAAUUGAGGAACAACACCAAAUGCACAGCUUUAAAUAAUACCUCUGUCAACCUCUCCUUGAGAACAAUACCAGAGAGGGUUGGGGUGUUUGUGGAUUAUGAGAAGGGACUGGUGUCCUUCUAUGAUGUCGACACUGUGACUCUGAUCUACUCUUUUACUGGCUGUAUGUUCAAUGAGAAAAUCUACCCAUUCUUUAGCCCCGGCCCCUCUGAGGACGGUAUAAAUGGCGCCCCCCUGGUCCUCUCAUCUGCCAAAUGCUCAGCCACGUCUGAAGAAUCAAAUGGGUUUUUAGGCCUGAUUAUUACUCUGAUUGCUCUGUUUUUUCUUUGCAUAAAUUAAACAUUACAUCCUCUUGUAUGAGGGCAGAGUUGAAACUGAUUCUGAUGAAAUCUGAAUUCAGUAAAAUCUGAUUACAAUAUUUUGAAAAACAAGCCAUACAUACAAGCCCACAGAGCUUUAGACCAAGGUCAAUUUAACUGGAAAUAAUGACCUUCUUCUUAAAUUCUUUUUGAUAUUUGUUAGACAUGAUAUUGCAUGUUUAUUUUUACCUAUACUGUAGAAUGUAUUUUUGUAAUUACACUAAGUAUGUACAUUUAUCAAAAGCCUUUUUUAAAAGAAGAAAUAAUACAUUUAAAAAAACAGUGUUCUACAACAACUUAAAAAGCUUGCUAGUGGUAGAUGUACAUGUAGAGACAAGGAGGGUUAAAAACCAGUGUCUCAGUUAAUCAUAUGUAACCAAAUGAGAAUAUUUCAUAUACAGUAAGUCUGUAAAUCACACUAAGUUGUUAUCAUGACUGUGAAUGCUUGCUUUACCUUUGGUGCUGAAUUUUCCAUGUUUGAUACACCAAAUAAAUUUACACAAAGUUUA